CCUUAAUCACGUGUUGAUUCCAUCCCACGAUUCAGCAACAGUACUUGGUUGAAACAACGCCGGCGUGUUAACGUUUACGCUGUCAGGGCGCAAAGGCGCUAAUUGAAGCUGGAGUCAUGGCGUCCCUCACCAAUUUGAUUCCCAUGAUCACGAAUGUGCUCACAGCUCCUGGCGUGGAUUUGAAUCAGAUUAGCGCCAAGUCGGUGCGUAAGUCGAUGCUCGCCGCCGAUAAGAGUCUGGAUCCGGAAUGGGUGAAGGCGAAUAAGAAGGGCAUUGACGAAUUGAUUGCCCAAGUAUUUAACACCGUCGCACAAAGCACUCAAAUCCCUUCUGUUGCCGAUCCCCCACCUUCUGUCGCUCCUAACAAACGAAAACACGAAGAUGUGGAAUCUAAUGACCUUGCCCUUUCUACCUCACAAGAUCACAUAUUAUCUGGACCAUCCACAUCCGAUACUGGGAAAAAGCAGAAGACGGAGCAAGAGCUUGCAGAUGAAGAAUAUGCGCGGCAGCUUGCAGCUGAGAUCAAUGCUGGAAGCCGCACCACAAGGGGGUCCAGCUCUGGUACAGUAGUGACUCGCAAAUCUGUCUCUGGGAAAGCAAAAGGAGGGAAAGGGUCAAAAUCCAAGAGAAAUGGUGCAGAUUCUGAUGGGGAGGAUGAUGAUGGGCACAGUGGUGACGAUCCAGGCACAAAAAAGAAACGGAAGAAAAAAGAGGGUGGUGAGGGUCGCCAGGCAAGAGGAGGGUUUGCAAAGACGUUUACGCUCAGCGAACCAUUAGCUGAGCUUACCGGACAUCGCGUCCUAUCUCGUCCGCAAGUUGUAAAGGCGAUAUGGGGACAUAUCAAAGCUAAUGACCUGCAGGAUCCACGAGACAAGCGUGACAUCAUCUGCGAUGACAAGAUGAGAGCAGUUUUCCGGAGCGAUGUGAUCAACAUGUUCAAAAUGACCAAGGAGAUUGGGUCGCACCUGUACGAAGUUUCAUAGCAUCUAGACACGCAGACCUCGGCCACAACCACAAUCGUCGGCAAUCCAUCUCGAAUUUUUUCUCUUCUCUUCACACUGGCAUUGCCAUCUCGCUCUUUCAUCACUUCGAAUCAUAUAAACCACAUGUUUUAAUUGUUGUGUGCGCUCUUUACAACCCGGUCUCUGUGUGUUGUUAGUUUAUCGCUCAAUCCAGGUGUGAUGGCUCACCUAGCAUAAUCGCAUUAUUAUGUAAUCGCUAUAUGUUCGAGGAUACAAUGUCGCUGG